AUGGCCGUUCUCAAGUCAAACUCCAUCUCAGAGGGCCCCCCUCGUUAUUCCCUAGAGAAUUCCGGCAAUGCCUCACCUGCAAAGGGCGCCGGCUCCAUCCCUGGGGAGAUCUACCCCGUCACCACCGCCAGCGAACUACAUCGGGAGAUGUCGAUUCGGACCAUCUUCAUGCUUGGUAUCGGUGGGAGUGUUGGCACAGCGCUAUUUGUUAGUAUCGGCAGUGCUCUAUACUCUGCGGGCCCUGCCAGCUUGCUUCUCGGGUUCAUCGUCUACAGCAUUGUCCUCGCCAACAUCAACAACUCCAUGGCUGAAAUGACAACCUACAUGCCUGUCACUGGUGGUUUCAUCCGAUUGGCUGGCCAGUGGGUUGAUAAUGCCCUUGGUUUCGCUGCGGGUUGGAACUUUUACAUUUACCUUGGCCUUAUUGUUCCUUUUGAGAUUACUGCUCUCAGUCUAGUUUUAUCUUUCUGGAGUCCAGAUAUCCCUGCAGGAGCCAUAUGUGCAGGCUGUAUUGUCCUUUACUUUGUUAUCAACAUUUUCGCCGUUCGAGUCUAUGGCGCAGCUGAGUUCUGGCUUUGCUUCGGUAAAGCUCUACUCCUAGUUAUCCUCAUGAUGUUCACCCUUGUCACCAUGUGCGGAGGGAACCCUCAACACGAUGCUUACGGCUUUCGACACUGGAAUCAGCCAAGUCCUUUUCUUGAAUAUUUCAGUACCGGAAACACUGGAAGGUUUGAGGGAUUCCUUGCCGCUCUGUGGACUGCGUCUUUUACUUGCGUUGGACCUGAGUACCUCAGCAUCGCAGCCAGCGAAGUCAAGCAUCCGCGUAUCUAUGUUAAGAAGGCUUCCAAGGCUCUCUUUGCCCGUAUCUUGAUCUUCUUCAACGGUGGCUGUCUGGCCAUCACCAUCAUCGUCUCGCCAAAGGACAAAGUCCUUGAGCAGCUGUACGGUCAGGGAAGUGAAGGUCAUGGAAGUGCCGCCGCUUCGCCCUACAUUAUAGCUAUGGGGAAUCUCGGAGUUACCGGCCUCCCGCAUUUGAUCACGGCUCUCUUUGCCACCACCAUCUUCGCCGCUGGUAAUACUUCCCUCUACAGCGCCACUCGCUGUCUUUAUAGCUUGUCUCUUGAGGGUCAUGCGCCUAGAAUAUUGAGCAAGGUCACCAAAUCUGGGACCCCAAUCUGGUCUUUGAUUGUCACCAUGGCGUUUCCGUUUCUUGCUUUUCUGCAACUUGGAAACGGGUCUUCGACCGUCCUGACCUGGCUCAUCAACCUCGCCACUGGCGCCACCCUGAUUUACUUCAUCUCUGCCCUGAUCACUUACCUCCGCUUUUAUCGGGCGUGCCAGGUUCAAGGUUUUAACCGGGACAAGCUGCCCUACAAGGGUUGGUUCCAGCCAUACAGUGCAUGGUUUGCUCUCUUCUUUGAGAUCAUGAUCGUUAUCUUCCAUGGUUACCGAUCCUUGCUUCCUUUCGAUGUUAGUGGCUUCAUUACUGCAUACUUCAUGCCUCUGUUUGUUCCCAGUCUAUUCGUCUGCUGGAAGGUCUUCAAGAAGACAACAUUUGCCAAAGCAGAGGAUCUGGAUCUGGUGUGGGAGGCCCCUCUGAUCGACGCCUACGAAGCAUCGUUGGAGGAGGCUCCUGUUGGCUUCUGGCGCGAUGUUUGGCAAAUGCUGCGGCCUACCAAGAGAAACAAAACGGCCGAGGUCUAA